AUGCACAUGUUAAGGACAGGGUUCAAGAUGGCUGUAUUGGCAGCGGCGGUUGCGUGCUAUGUGCAGCCACAGGUACUACUUCAGCCAUUUAUCGAAUUAGAAUUAGACACCGCAGAUGCUCAAGUGAUGGCGCGUGUUUUGCGUGGUCUGCUGACGCUGCUGAGCUACGGCUUGGCCAGUUUCCGACCUUCUUGGUUGUAUGUGGUGGUCGUUGUAGCAGCGCUGCAGCUUAUUCUAUGGGGUCUACAAAUGUUUGAUGACUCAAUGAUAGGAUUGAGUGUAGAAGAGGAGAAGAAGAUGUUCUUAACGGGCGCCGUGACGUGCUUUGGGGUUAUAGUGAGUAUACUUUUGUUUGGAGGCAAAAGCGAUGACAGAGCUCGUUUCCGGAAGCGGCUGGUAGCAUUUUACACGAAGCACAAUUCCGAGAAGUUGCGCCAAGUGGAUGAACUUGUCGAGAAAUAUGAACUUAAUGAGGAGCUGCUGUUCCAGCGACUGCAUCGGAAGUACAAUGCACUGGCUGCUGGAUCAGAUAGUCACUCUGUGAUGAAGAAGAUUGACGAGAGUGAGUUCUUGUACGAAGAGGAAGAAGAAGAAAGAGUCGAAUCGGACGAGGAGACUACGGGUUUGGUGGACAAGGAGGCUGUGGUGUAUCCAAUGAAGAAAACUCGUCAACCGGAAAUUGAGGAUUACGACAGACUUGAUGGCACGCCUCCUGUAUCGCCUCGAACGGCUGAAAAAUUAGCACAUACGCACCGCCAGUCGUCCACACUGAUCAAUAAAGCGAUUGAGCUAGCACGUCGGGCUCAACAAGAGCGUAUUGAACGCCGCAUUGCUAACAUCGCAUCGAAGAGUGGAGACGGCUAUGCUGGGCACUAA